AUGUCUGAACAUCGACUGACACAGAUCAUGGACAUGUUCCUGACCUCGCUUCAGUCCUUGGACGACGACUCACUCCAGAUUCUGCUCCGGUGGAUGGAAGGUCUCCCCGCUAUCCCCAGCAAUGCUAUCGAUACCGAGCCUGCGCACAGGGCCGGAGACGAGCAGUCAAGCUGCUACUAUCAUAGCCCUGUGCUCUACCCCACUGCAGACAACUUCGACACCCACGCCAAUCAGGUCGGAUUGCAGCUCGACCAUCUUGUGGCUAAGCCCAGCUCUGGCGACGUGGAUUGGGUGUCCCGCCCGCAUGAUCUACCGCAGUCGCCUUCAGAGGCGAGCCUCUAUUCAGACCAAACCGCGGCCGACACCCCACAAUCCUCGUUCUCUAUGGCCUCAGACGACACCGCGGUCGACAUCUCCGACAACGGUCUCGCCAAUGGCUUCCGCGACAAGCAGAAGGCCGUCCCCGACUUUGAUGCGCCCUAUGCCUACCACAUUGAAGCUUUCGAGGGCGCUGCCCCAGUCACGUACGAGCUUCCUUCUGGCCCGCCGCCUAUCGAGGGCGACCCGUUAGCGUUCUCAUUUCGCUACCACAUGGGUGUCAAUACCUAUGUGCAGCAGCAGCAGCAUCUGCCAGGUGCUGUUGCUUCUGUCCCAUGCGGAAUGAGCAUGCCAGCGGGCGACUGUGUCGUCCCGCUGACCUCCCAGCUCUUCGUCGACGUUCCCGAGAUCGCCCCGGAGGGCGCUACUCCGACUACCUCCCGGAUGCGCGCAUCUACCGCGGACGCCGAGAAGCCGGCGAAGAAGCGCAAGCAGCAGAGCACUGAGAAAAACCUGUCCUGCCCGGAGUGCGGUAGCCUGUGGGCGCGGCGCAACAACCUCGACGCGCACAUCAGCUCCGUCCACAGACAGGAGCGCCCGUUUGCUUGCCCCGCGCCUGGCUGUAAUAGGGCGUUCAGCCGCAAGCACGACCUCAAGCGACAUUUUCAGUCGGACCAUACCGACGAAGGUUCGCCGCGCCGCAAGGCGCCCAAGGUCUAA